UUAAACAUUGCAGUCUGCUGGAUGACGGGGCACCACUCGGCAUUUUCCUGCAAGCGUCGCGCAUUUAUCUACGUUUUAAACUACCUGUAUAUUGGAGGCGCGCAUGUUUCCCUGUUCGUACAGGACCUGUUGCAUCCCAAUGGCGCUACACCGAGUUUCAGAAUCAAAACGAGAGCAGUUUCGGAGGUAUUUAGAAAAGAACAAUGUCCUUGACUCCCUGACUAAUGUGCUGGUCGCUUUGUGUCAGGACGAGGACAAACCGCAUGAUGCUUUGCACUUCGUGCGUCAGCGCCUGGACAUGUCCCGCGUUGCGAGUCCCGAAUCACAGACACUGAGCUUGGAGCUCAUGGAGCUACAGCGGAAGCACCAGCAUCUCCUGGAGGAAAACAAAGAUCUGAGAAACAGGCUCCUACAGUAUGAACUGGCUCCAGAGGACAGUAGAGGCUGAAACACUCUGGUCGAUGUGGACAUGCUGGUACUGGUAACUCCGGACUGAAAACACGGUGAAUGGAAUAUGAUUCAUAUUUCAGUUAGCAGGAGUCGCUUAAAGGAUCUCUCUCUUUUUUCUGCUGCUGAUCUACAACUGAUAUUGAGAGAAAUAAAUACCUUUGCAUCA